AAGGGACUGAAUUUGGAUUGACAUAUGGCUUCAUUCAUUCUCCUUCUAUUCCAAUAUAUUCUGCUGCAGGCCUUUGCAGAUGGGGCGAAAGCUGACAGCAUUUUGCGGAGACACAGGCGAGCAAACACAGGACUGUUUGAGGAGUUUCUGAAUAGGAAUGUGGAGAGGGAGUGUAUGGAGGAGAACUGUGUCCUGGAGGAGGCCAGAGAAGCCUUUGAAAAUGAUGAAAAGACAAUGGAGUUUUGGGCAGGUUAUGUUGAUGGGGACCAGUGUAAAUCGUCACCCUGUCAAAACUGGGGCACUUGUGAGGACCAGAUGGGCACAUACACCUGUAACUGUCUACCAGGCUAUGUCGGCAAAAACUGUGAAAUAGUGACUGCCAAAAUGUGUGAUGUUGAUAAUGGAGGCUGUGAGCAUUUCUGUGUUGUGAUGGAGUCUCAUGGGACAGGGUGUCAGUGUGCAUCCGGUUACAGACUUAAAGAAGAUGGAUUCACGUGUGAACCUAUAGUUAAGUUUCCAUGUGGCAAAGUCACUAAAACGGCUGUGAGAACUUUUGCCAGCGGUCCAACGUCUGCACCGAACUCUGCACAAUCUUCCAAUAAAUCCACAUCCAGCACUUCCAAACCGGACAACUUGACAAGCCCUUCAAAUUCUAAACAGAAAAAAGAGAAAAUCGCGCCAUCUCAUGUUAAACUCCCUGAAUGGGCAUUUGAGGAGUAUUUGAUGACUCCUGUACCAACCGUAAGUGCCCCAAAAAGCCGUAUUGUUGGUGGCAAUCCAGCUUUACCUGGAGAAAUCCCUUGGCAGGUGGCGCUGGUGGCGCGCUCAACACAGCAGGUAUUCUGCGGAGGCUCCAUUCUUAACCAGUUAUGGGUCAUUACUGCAGCCCACUGUCUGGUAGGGACACAGAAUGGAUCCUUCUACAUCAGAGUUGGGGAGCAUGAUGUCUCCAAGACUGAAGGCACAGAACAGAAUCUGAACAUCACCCGUUUCAUCUCACAUCCCCGUUAUGACUCCAAAGUAAGCCUCUACAAUCAUGACAUUGCCUUGUUGCGGCUGCGCAACCCCAUCCGGUUUACCCUAACUGUACUUCCUAUCUGCCUGGGACCCAUGCUCUUCUCCAACUCACUGCUGCAGUCUGGAUCUCUGGCUACUGUCAGCGGCUGGGGCCGUCUGCGCUUUCAAGGCCGAAGUGCAGUGAACCUACAGAAGGUUGAGUUGCCUUAUGUAGACAGAACAGUGUGUAAGGAAAGCAGCAGUGACCCAGUCACAUACUUCAUGUUCUGUGCUGGAUACUCAGAUUCUCCUAAAGACGCGUGUCAGGGGGACAGCGGAGGACCUCAUGCCAUGCGCUACCACAACACCUGGUUCCUCACAGGCAUUGUCAGUUGGGGAGAAGAAUGUGCCAAGAAAGGGAAGUACAGUGUGUACACCCAGGUUGGUAACUAUUAUCGUUGGAUACAGCACAUCAUCAGAGUUACAAAGGGAGUACUGCUUAAAAAUGUGGACCUGUGA